AUGACUACUUACAUCAAUAUAGGAAACUUGUCCGGAGAUCCAAGGUAUGAAAGACGGAUCGGGCUACAAAUACAGAAGAUAAGAAAGAUUGGUGACCUAAAGUUGGCGCUGGAGGGCCCAUUAGGCUUACCACGUGACAGAUAUGACGUCAUCAAAAUGAGAGAAGCUUUACUGUACGAUGAGGCAGAAUUAAUAACACCGACUGUUUGGUCAACAAAAGUAGUUCUGGUCAUCCAUCCGUGUUCUCGCCCUGUCUAUGAUCAUCUGAAGACAUCAGAAACGGAUAUAGUAAAUGGAGACUUCGAAGAUGAACAAAGGACUAUUAUGUCAUGUGGCCAUGGUAUCGUGCCUGAGACGCUGUAUGAUUACUGUUGGAAUGGUCUUAAACAAGGAGGUCUUGAGAUCAAAUGUCCUGCAAUUGAGGAGUUCAGAGUGCGAGGCACUCAAACAACAUGUGGCUCCCUCUGGACCCUAUAUGAGUUGACCGUAAAGGCGCAAUUAUCACAAGAUGAACGCAUACUGUUCGAAAUGAAACUUAGCAAGAAUAGCUUGAUGAAGAUGGAGGGCGUUCAAGAGUGUCCGUUCUGUCGCUCUAUCGCAGUUCGAGACAAUGUCAGCAACGAUAGAGUCUUGUGUAUAAACUGCUGCAAUACAAAUCCAGAUAACGCCGAAUUCUGUUGGCAGUGUCUACAUCCAUGGAAGACCACGAACACCAACUAUUGCGGGAAUUUGUCAUGUUCCACAUCCAAGGGACCAAAAGCAACACAAGAAAUCUUACGGACGUGCCCGUCAAGAUCCAUCGGUGGUCACAAGAGGACUACACCAAUUGUCCGCGCAUGCCCAAGUUGUCAAGUUCUUGUCGAGCACACUUCCGGCUGUAAGCAAAUGACUUGCAAAUGCCAGUACAUUUUCUGCUUUAUUUGUUUGCAACCAUGGAAACAGAAAGGCGUUAACGGAGGUUGUGAUUACAGUAUAAACUGCGAUCCGGCACCUUAUCAAUCCGUAUAG